AGAGAGAGAGAGAGGGAGAGGGAAGGAGAGAAAAAAAUGUGAUAAGUGAAGGAGAGAGUGGGAAAGAAAGAAAGAUAGAUAGAUAGAGAGAGAGGGAGAGAAAGAAAGAGAGUGAGUUGGAAGGAGGAGUGAUUAAAUAAGUUUCGACAAGAAGUAGUUAUAAGAAAAACAACAGUGACAAAAACAAGGAAUAACUCUAAGUAUAAUCGCAGCAUCAUCGUCAUCAUCACCGUCAUCAAGAGCCAUUAUUUAUCAUCAUCAUCAUCAUCAUCAUCAUCAUCAUCAUUAUCAUCAUCAUCAUCAUCAUCAUCAUCAUUACCAUAAUCCCCAUUGUCGUCAUCAUUACUAUAUCAUCACUAAGAAAUUUAGAAGUACAUAUAUUGCCCGUAAUAGCCAAAAAACAAGACCUGUACUACCUUCAUCAUUAUCAUUAUAAUUUUCGUAGUCAUCAGCCUCAUCCUCAUCUCCAUCCUCCUCCUCCUCCUCCUCCUCCUCCUCCUCCUCCUCAUCAUCAUCAUCAUCAUCAACUUAUACAUUAUUACAACAGUACACUGACUCACUGAAUUAUCAAGUUUAUUUGAUGUCUAGAGAAAGAAAGAGGAUGAAAAAUAUAAGGAGAUGAAUAAUAUAAAGCUAUAUAAGCAUAAUAAGACAAAACAUAUAAAGCAAUUGUAGCGCUGGACAUUGUGUAGUAAUUAUUCGGAUUAAUGAGAUGGAGAAGGAGAAACACACCUGGAUUUUUAUCUACCUGACGUUACAAACUUACUUAUAUUUUACGGAACCUUUUCAAACGGAGCCGCGUCGCAACAGGUGCGUGAAACGUGAUAAUUGUGCUACGUAUAAUGAGACGGUAGAUUUAAAUGUUACAGAAGUUCGAAUCGCUGUUUUGGUAUCAACAAAUAAUAGUUUGAUGUUUUCUAUAGAUCGAAUUUCUCCAGCUAUCGAUUUAGCGAUAGAAAAAGUCAAGCACUCAGGUAAUUUAAGGACAAUUCGUAUCAAGGCGAACUAUCAUGGGGUCACAUGCGAUGCGACACAACCCCCGCUGGCUGCUUUUAAUUUCUAUAUGAACGAUGAGGUCGAUAUAUUCUUCGGCCCUGUUUGUGAAUAUGCUCUGGCUCCAGUCAGUCGCUAUUCUUUCUAUUGGAAUAUACCAGUGAUUAGUCCGGGGGGUAUGGCUCAUGAUUUCCAAGAUAAAACUGAGUUUGGAAGUCUCACUCGAGUUGGAAUUACUUUCAAUGGUCUGAGCGAUUCACUGCUCAGUAUAUUUCGUUAUUACAACUGGAGAAAAGUUUACGUUCUUUACAACAGCAAUGGAUUGGAUACCAUUACGUUUAGGUUUUGCUUUUUCACUGUAUCAGCCCUUGCUUUCCAAUUAACGAAGGAAAAUAUAUCAUAUCAUUUUCACAUUCUCGAGAAAGGUGGAUUAAAUAUAAAGGAGGUCUUAUUAAAAGGAAUCAGUACAGGUAUUGCAGGUAAGCUGUUUACUUUUGGAGCAUGGCAAAGUUAUAUCUUUCGUGAUUAGUUUUUCUGUUAUCUUUCUUCUCUGUACUCUAAUAAAUGCAACACUAUUGAUUACCUCUAUGAGCUGAAGAUAAAAGAAUUUGUACUCAGAGUGCGAUGUUGUAUGUUUUUGACAGUAGAACUUUUAAGUUUGUAUUGGUUCACAAGUUUUCCGUUCAUUAUUUCAAAGUCUCUAGUAUAUCUGUGAGUAAGGGUACUCUGCUAUUUUGCUUUUCUACCUAACUAUUGUUUGUUGCUUGGUAACCUUCACAUAUUUAUUAUUGGAUGUUUUGUUUUACAAGUCUUAGGAUGAAAUAAUGGUAACAGUCAUGAUAAAAUCCACUUAUAUAGAUACCUACAUUGCUGUAAUUUUCCCCGUCUUUAUGACAGUGCAUGUGCAUGUUGCAUUGAUUCAAGGUCAUAUACUAUAGGAAAGGAGUAUGGUUGGAUUGAAUGAACUUUGGACGUGGCUGCUUCUUAAUUUAUGAACAAAAUGAUAGUAAAAAUCCACCCUCGCUCCAAGAAAAAAAAAAAAAAAAAAAAAAAAAAUUUCGAAGUAGACAAUAGUAGGAUUUGAAGUUCGAAUUUAAAGGGACAUAACCAAACAGCACAAGACGUUAUCUUUUAUGUUUCGAUUAAUAUUAUUAAGCUAGACAGAAUUUCUGCUCGUAACUGUUAAUAACCCUAUUUCUCGCUAUACAUACAUACAUACAUACAUACAUACAUACAUACAUACAUACAUAUAUGAG